ACUUCCUUGAUGGUUUGUCUUCCAGAUGCGGAGGGGGUCGUGUCUAAGGGGGAGCACCGCUUACAACAUGUGACCGUCCAGGUGAGGCGUCCUCCUCCAUGGGACCCCAGGAAGGUCGUUCUCUCUGGUCUGGAUCUGGACACACCGGAGGUUCUCCUGGAAUUGUAUGUGGAGGCCGUGAGUGGCCGGGAGACCUUCACCAUUCACCGCGCAGCAGAUAAGACCUCCGCCCUGGUCUCCUUCCAGCAAGAGCUAAGUGAAGACGGUGAGCAUUUUCAGCAGUUACUGACUCGUGCCGAGAAGAAACCAUUACAGCGCCAUCCGGUGUCGGCGUGCCGCGUCCGCGCCUGCGGUGACGUCCUGGUGGAGAAUAUCGGCAGCCAGAUCCCGGCCGAGCUCCUGGAAAUGUACUUCGAGAGCAACCGCGCAGGAGGCGGAGCCGUGAGAUCCGUGACCAUGCUGAGGAUGGCCGCCGCCGCCGUGGUGUCCUUCCAUGACUGGAAUGUGGCUGAUCGGGUCCUCUGCAGACAACACACCCUACACAGCUGCCAGCUCUCUGUCUCCCCAUACUACCCUGAGCUGUUGGGGAGUCCACGUAAUGACAUCACCAAUGAGAGAGUGAUGGAGGAAGAAGAUCCUACAGAGACUCCUGACACUGGAACCAUGCAGCAGAAUGGCAGCCACGGCACCGGAGCCCCAGCUGAAGACUGCAGGAUGCAGAGUGUUCCAGGGAUAGAUGAAAAGAUGGUUGGAGUAGGACUAUGUGGUAUGGAGGAGACCCAGGCUGAGACACGUGAGGGGACAGGGAUGGCCUCUGUGGAGGCCGCAAGUCCUGUACAUGAAGCUGAAGUUGUAAUGGAAGCAGCUGAACUUUCCUUUAUGCAGAAAUAUCAUCAUGAACUUCUGGCUGGAUUUGAUGCAGUGACAAUCUUCCCCCUGGAGGAGGAGGACAGGUUUGGCUUCAAGGUGGUUGGUGACUCCUUUUCAUGUAGGACCGCAGUGGAACUUCUGCAACACAUCGUGUCCUCGCUCUCGUCUCGUACCGUCACACUGGAAUACCCUUGGGUGUCACAUUUCCUGCUGGAGGGUGAAGGGCAGCGCACUCUGCGUGACACUGAGAAGCAUCAUCAGUGCAUCAUCGACACCUCGCAGAUCUCCUGGAAUGCUCUGGAUUGUGUGUACAUCGAUCCCUGGAGUUUCGUCGAUGACUCUACAGACACGUCUCCUGUCCAAUCUAUGGUCACUGAUGAGGAGCCAGACAAUCAGUUGCUGCAAGCUAACAUGGAGGGAAUCAAGAGGUUUGCAUCCCUUCUGAAGAGUGAAGAGAGUCCCAGCGACGCCCCGCCCACCGAAAGCUCAACAACGAUUGGCCAGAACAUCCUCAGAGAGGGUACCGAGGAAGAUUUAUACACAGACAGUCCCUUGAAGGAUGAGGACUCAACAGCCUCUGCGGUGAAGGAUGAAGAACUGGACCAAGUGUGCCAAAUGUCUCGCAAGGAGUACCAAGACCAAGAACUGGACGAGGAGGCCCAGCUCCUCCUGGCUAUCCAGAGGUCAAUGGACACUCGGGGGGGCCCCACACAGGACAACGAGGAUGAGGAGCUCCAGAGAGUGUUAGAGAUGUCCCUCAUACAACACGAAAAUGAGGACACCGAAGAUUCCUUACAAAGAGCCCUGGAAAUGUCUCUCAUGAAAUCACAGGGCCGCAAUCAACCAAUAAGAACCCUGCGAGAAGAUCCCGCCUCCUCCAAUGACCAGACCUCCAACGUGGCCCAGAUCAGAGUUCUUGCUGGAGACGAGACCAGUAUAGUGGUGGCAACUAGAGCCCUCCGCAAGGCCAUAACCUCCAAACUGAAUGUGGUGAGCCUGGAGGAAACGGGUAUCGGGCAGAACAUGGCGCAGAUCCUGGCCGCUCUGGAGAAGAAGCACAAGGUGAAAAUGACAAAGUCUGGAAGAGAACUACAAAUCCACGGCUUCCUACACGGCCCCAACCAGUGCCGGCAAGAGAUGAGCCAGAUCAUCAAUGCCCUCCAGGCCAGAAACCAGGCCAAGGCUGAGGUGAUGGAUGUGGACAUAGACGUAGAAAUGAUUGACGUGCCGGAAACAUCCGAGGAAUACCAAAGUGUCAUCCAACCCUUCCUGAGAACCCUUCAGGACCUGAAACUGUCCAUCGAGGUCCUCCAGGUCCAGAGGGUCAACAAUCCUCUGCUGUACAAUCAGUACCAGCUGAAGAAGGUGCGGAUGGUGAUGACCGACCCUAAUAAGCCAGCUGAGCGCAUUCUGUACCACGGCACCACCGAGACCGGCGCCAGAGAGAUCUGCCAUAGCGGCUUCAACCGCAGCUUCUGUGGAAAGAAUGCCACGCUGUACGGUCAGGGGGUGUACUUUGCGUUGGAGUCGGAGAUUUCCACGCGGGAUCAUUAUUCGCCCCCCAACAAGGACGGGAAGAAGUUUGUUUUGGUGUCUCGGGUCCUCACCGGGGACUUCACUCUGGGAAAGGAGGACAUGAGGACGCCGCCAUUAAUGGAAACCACCACCGGGGGGGCGCCGCGCCGCUAUGACAGCCUGGUGAACAACAUGAAGGAGCCCGUCAUCUACGUCAUCUUCAAC